CCCCCGCGCCCCGAUUCCGGCCCGAGCCGGGGGGGAGGCCGGGCGCCGGGGCCAGAGUCCGGCCGGAGCGGAGUGCGCCCGGCCCCAUGGACAGCUCGGCCGUCAUUACUCAGAUCAGCAAGGAGGAGGCGCGGGGCCCGCUGCGGGGCAAAGAUCACAAGUCGGCAGCUUCCCAGAAGCCCCGGAGCAGAGGCAUCCUGCACUCGCUGUUCUGCUGUGUCUGCCGCGACGAUGGGGAGGCCCUGCCCGCCCACAGCGGGGCUCCCCUGCUGGUGGAAGAGAAUGGCGCCAUCCCCAAGGUGUGUGGCGGCCAGCAGACCCCAGUCCAGUACCUGCUCCCUGAGGCCAAGGCCCAGGACUCAGACAAGAUCUGCGUGGUCAUCGACCUGGACGAGACCCUGGUACACAGCUCCUUCAAGCCGGUGAACAAUGCGGACUUCAUCAUCCCCGUGGAGAUUGAUGGGGUGGUCCACCAGGUGUACGUGCUGAAGCGGCCCCACGUGGAUGAGUUCCUGCAGCGAAUGGGGGAGCUCUUCGAGUGCGUCCUGUUCACUGCCAGCCUUGCCAAGUACGCAGACCCAGUGGCUGACCUGUUGGACAAGUGGGGGGCCUUCCGGGCCCGGCUCUUCCGAGAGUCGUGUGUCUUCCACCGGGGGAACUAUGUGAAGGACCUGAGUCGGCUGGGCCGAGACCUGCGGCGAGUGCUCAUCCUGGACAACUCGCCUGCCUCCUACGUCUUCCACCCGGACAACGCUGUACCGGUAGCCUCCUGGUUUGACAACAUGAGCGACACGGAACUCCACGACCUCCUGCCCUUCUUCGAGCAACUUAGCCGCGUGGACGACGUGUACUCGGUGCUCAGGCAGCCGCGGCCCGGGAGCUAGUGAGGCGUGCAGGGGCCAGGACCUGCCCCGACCCGGUCCACGCGCACAGGCAGACUCCUCCAGGCGCCCCUGCCUGCGCCUGCGCCUGCGCCUGCGCCCUUUGCUGAAAAAUCCAGGGGCAGCAGCGCCACACUCAGUGCCUUGGGGGAAACGCGUGUCUCCCCACCAGAGCUGGCUGCAGGCUACGGCAAGGACAAUGUACCCCUGGGCCCCUUUGUCAGUGCCUUUGAACUUGCCCCAUCUUCUCGGGGGAGCCCCGGGGCCCCUGCCUGCCUGCCACUCCCCUCUCUCCUCUCCAGCUGCCAUGUUUUUUGCUGCCAAAUCGGGCCCCUUGGCCCCUUCCAGUUCUGCUUUGGGAGGUGGGGGUGGGCAGGGUUUCUGCUGCCCCGAGCCUUGGACCUCCCAGCCUGGGGAUGGUGGACACCAAGUGCCUUGCCUGGAGCCCCUUCUUCCUCGCGCGGUUUUCCCAGGGGGCAGGGUCUCCACCCGGGUCAGCUCCUGCCCACCACGGCCAGACUGCUGCAGUCCAGGCUGAUCCAGGAGGACCCAUCCCCUGUCCUCUUCUUUGGGAUUUCGCCUCCUCGGGGACGGGGGGGGGGGGGGGGGGGGGGGGGAGAGGGGGCAGCAGCGUCUCCAUGGCUGAGAGCUGCUUCCUGUCACCCAUCACCCACACCCUCAACCCUGUCUGCCUUUACCACCCUCAGCGCUGGAUGCGGGCACAGGCAGGACCCCCGUGGUGCCAUAUAAAUAUGUAUAUGUGUAUAUAGAUUUUUAGGGACAGGAGAGAGGGGAGGGUCAUGGCGAAGACACCUCUCUCACCCCUUUCCUGGGCCCGGGACCUGGGGGUAGGGAGGGAAAGGAUUUUUACAUUUUUUUAACUGCUAUUCUCUGAAUGGAACAAGCCGGGCCCUGUUCUCUGUCCCUCACACCCCCUCUGCUCCAUUCAUUUCAUUAAUUCAUUGAUGCUAGACCCACCAGCUCAGUGUGUAUGUGGUGGGGGGGUGCUCUACACCCCCUAAACGGUGCCUCCCCCACCCACCCCAGAUUUCACUGGUGCCUUUGGGGGAAUCUGCAGGAGGGGGGACCCUUUUGUGGGAUUUGGGGGUCUCCAGGAACCCCUGGCAAGCUGCCCCCUCCCCGUGCCAAGUCGCCCCCUGCAGCGCCCCCUGCUGGCUGGGGCGGCUCCCAGGACCUCUGACUCCCUGUUUCGGAAGCCCCUCCUGUACCUGCUGGGUUUGGAGGACUGACGGUCAAGGGGACCCAUGUACUAGUGCCAAGGGGGAGUCCGGUGGAGAUGUCGCUGUGUCCUCUCCCGCCAGCUGGGGUGGAGGGACCUAACCAUUAAGUGCCUUCUCUGUGACUGCGAGCCUUACCGAGCGGUGACAACUAAAGAGAAAGCCAGACCCCA